AUGGACGCGGCACAACAUAGUGCAAUUCGGGAAAAGCGGAGUAUUAAAAUAUCAAAAUCGAUGAAGACCAAGAGGCGGCGGCGUGCGCGCGCGCAGUCAGUGGCUCGCAAGUCGUCGCGUCGCGCGCUCUACUCCCGACCCGCUCCGCAAAACUCCGCUCCCUAUUCACCGAACGCACUCACGACUCACCGCCCGCCAACGAUACGCAACGGGCAUUCGAAUAUA